AUGUCUGUUGAUGAAGAAGAAAUUCAAACUAUGGAUAAUUUAAUGGGGAGAGGAGAAGAAAUAAUUAAUGAAGAAUUAGUAAGCAGCAGUGAGAAGGAAGAAGAAGAAGAUAGAAUUCCUCUUAGUGUCCUGAGAGAAAACCUAAAAAUGGCCAAGCAAUUUGUGGAUCCUUUAAAGCGAAAGUCUGAGAGAAGAGAUGAUACUUUUGCACCUCCAAAUUUUGAAGGCCCCUCUAGUAAAUCCAGCGCAGAGCUCCGGUAUGAUUGGACUGCAAAAUCGUAUUUAACCAUGUACUUUGAAGAUGAGUUAUUCCAAAAAGUGUGUGAUUGCACAAAUGCAAGGUACGUUGAACUUAAAGGAGUAUCUCUUAAAUUGACUCUUAGUGAGAUUAAACAUUUUUUUGGAAUAGUUUGUUUGAUGUUCAGUCUAAAGUAUCCCAAAAUCAGAGUGUACUGGGCAAAAACCACUAAAGUUUCAGCUAUUGCAGAUACAAUGACUCGAGAUAAAUUUUUUGCUAUAAGAAGUAACCUUAAAAUCGUCAUUGAUGGCAGCAUCGCUGAAGGGCUACCUAGAGAGAAAGUGGUUGCUGUAGAUGAACAGAUGAUCCCAUUUACAGGGACUUGUAAAAUGAAGCAGUUUGUUAGAAAAAAGCCAAAUCCAGAGGGCUUAAAAAAUUUUGUUGUUGCUGCCCCUGAUGGUCUUGUCGUAGACUUUGAAUUAUAUCAAGGAAAAGAUACUUUUCCAGAAGAUUCUGUAAAACGACCUUCUGCUGUUGUUCGCCUUGGAAGGACACUAUUUCCUGGAAGUCAUGUAUACUGCGAUAGAUAUUUCACGACAAUACCACUUCUCGAAUAUAUUCGUCAACAAGAGAAAUAUUGUACUAGAACCAUUAUGAAAUUUCGUGUACCAGCGGCAGCAAAUUUAAUUUCGGAAAAAAUGAUGGCCAAGAUAGGUAGAGGCAGCUCGGAACAAAUUGUAAGACAAGAUGGCGAAAUAGUAAUUGUACAAUGGUAUGAUCUGAAAUCUGUACUUUUGGCAUCUACUGCUCGAGGAAUUCAAACUAGCGAUGAGUGUAAAAGGUGGUCUAAGAAAGACUCUAAAUACAUUCAGGUGAAAAGACCUUACGUUGUUACUAAAUACAACGAUUGUAUGGGAGUUUUGUUUAGGUUAAGACCCAAUGUCCAUUUUAAUGGACGUCAUAUUACAUGUAUCUCUCAAACCUCUCAACCCUAA